GCCCUGAAGGAUGCUGCUGACAGCGUGAAGGUACAGGACAAGUGAAAGACGAUGGGGAGGGAAAUGUAAUUUAGAGGAGCAUGUAACGAAAACAGCCUCCCUGGAGUUUUGAUCACAGGGAAGCCGACAUUAUUUACGCAGGGUCUUUUAAGUCAUCACUAUUCAAGUACAAGGUCCUGGGCUGAACCAGACCUGCGCUGAUGGUGGAUGGAUUCUCAGUUGAGUUUGAGGCAGAUUUAAGCUUUGCAAACGGAGCAGGAUGUCAAAGAUCUCCAAGGCAGCGAAAGCUGUGAAGAAAUUGGAUGCAGGCAAUGUGAUCCGAGCUAUAGUGAGGUCAGGACAAGCGGCCCCUGGACCCCCACUAGGCCCUAUCCUGGGACAGAGAGGAAUCCCUAUUGGACAGUUCUGCAAGGACUUCAACGAGAAGACCAAGGAGCUGAAGGAGGGCAUUCCUCUCCCCGUCAAGAUCCAUGUGAAGCCUGACAGGACGUAUGACCUGAAGAUCGGCCAGCCCACUGUGUCUUACUUCCUCAAGCAAGCGGCGGGCAUUGAAAAAGGAGCAGGCAAGACGGGCCAUGAGACUGCGGGGAUUGUGUCAGUGAGAGCUGUAUACGAGAUUGCACAGGUGAAGACUCAGGAUGAAUGCUUCAAAAUAAGGAACACCUCCCUCCAGAAUGUCGUCAAAAGUAUCAUCGGCUCGGCCCAAUCACUGGGCAUCAAAAUAGUUAACGAUCUAUCAGCUGAUGAGUACAAAGUCUUCCUGGAGCAAAGAGAGGAGAAGUUGAAGGCAGAUGCUGCAGCUGCUGCAGCCACUGCAGCCGCAGCUGCUUCGGGCAAGAAGUGAAAACCUGCAACACUUACUCACAUUUCUGUGUACUUUGACUUCGUACAUGUACCAUAUUCACUGAAGAACUCUGUUAAUAUUAUGUGUUAAUAAACAGUCACUUGUUAUGA